GAACACCAAGACAGUAUACUUGGGAAUACAAUGCAAACUGUAAUCGCCUUACUGAAUAACAUAGUUGCUAACAAAAGCAUGAACAUGAUGUUACUCUUUAAAGAAGGACUGUCUCAUCAUAUCCGUAAUCUCCUAAUAGAAACUGUGGCUCUGUACUUGGAAGCAGAUGAUAAAAGCAGCACCAAGACAGCAAAUGCACUGCUGCUGUCCUUGCUUGACAUCUUGCACUGCAUGUUGAUGUAUACAGCAAACAUUGUGCGCCAGACUUUGCAGGCACAGAAAUCUGGCACAGGAGGGGACAUGCAGGCAGCUGAAGACCUUCUGCUUAUCAAUAAACCCCUGACGGACCUAAUUAGCCUGCUUAUUCAACUG